CGGAUGCCCAGGAAUCGGUUAUUUUGAUAUUUCAAACGUUGCAUCUUGCCAACAACAAUUUAAGCAUGUUCGGCACUUUGAAGACUGCAUUCCGCACACAAAAGCCUGUCUCGAUGGUGAUGAGUUUGGCACAGGCGAUGCCCCGAGGUUUCCAUGCAUUGGCGAUCCGUAUGGCUGACCAAAAAUCAACUAUGCAACCAGUGAAGCCAGAAUUGGGUGCCUCGUCCCUCUUUGGCGAUAUUGCAUCACAUGUGAAUGAGGUUCCAGUGGAGCAAGGAGGAAAGGCUACUGUGAAGGAGUAUCACUUUUCAACAGCAAAUUUCAAAACAAGCACCAAAAAGCUUCGGCUUUUGGCUAAUCAGAUCAAGGGACUCGACAUUCAAAAUGCCAUUAACCAGAUGGAGUUCUCGCAAAAGCGCCCUGGAAAGCGUAUUAUGAACACAUUGGCCUUUGCUAGGAAGAAUGCAACGACUCAGGAGAAGUAUCAAAUGGACGCUAGCAAGCUAUAUGUUGAUCGCGCAUGGGUUGGAAAAGGGACCUACCAGCGUAGAAUCAAGACACAUGCACGCGGUAAAUUCGGUGUGAUGCAUCACCCAACUGCUCACUUGAAAUUCACGCUCAAGGAGCGCGUUCCUGAGGCGAAAGAAGAAGGUCGUGCUACGAGGAGAAAUAUCAGGGGAUGGAAGCAGACGAAGAAAGUCUGGAUGCCAUUGGUUGAAGACAAACCUAUCUAUAACCCACCUCGUCUCUACAAUUGGUAGAAAGGAGCAGAUGCAUCUUAUUACUCGCCUUACUUGUAUUCACUACCACGUUCUAUAGAUUUUUUUUUCUCCUGUACUAAAUAAAUGAAACAAAACAAGAAAAAGAA